AUGACCACCACUCAACGCCCACUGCCAACCCCUCCACUCUCCGAACGUUCAUCUCCCUCAUCACCUCGCUCAACCGACGAAUCUCCGCCUCCCUCUCGCAUUCCAACACCUGUCAAAUCGAAAUCGUCCAAAUCUAAACGAUCAAAAUCAAACUCUAAACCAUCUCCAACCAUUCCUACGACCACCCAAUCUGCCUUCUAUCCCUCUCACGAACCUACACGAACAACGUCGGAUCGCCUCAAAUCCAAAUCGUUCAUCUUCCCCGCUGCUCACCGUACACCCUCUGGGCCCGCUGCACUCAAUUCCGACGCCUCGCUCCAUCGCGAUUUCUUUCCUGACGAUACCCCUCGUCCGCGGUAUUAUUCCACCGUCUCGCAAUAUGCUGUCCCUAAAUCCGACUCAUCCGGUAAACUCACUGGCAAACUAAAGUCCCUGCGAAAGAAGAUCGAGACAGAACUGUCAAGGAAGCGAGGAGCUCCUUCCAGGAACCUGGGACGAGAUGAGCGAAGGGCAAACCGAAAGGCUCAACAGGGCACGGUUGCUGGCCUCAGGCCGAGUCCAGCUCUCACUGUCCCUGAAGGCAUGACCGUUGCGGAUGCCAGUCAACUCUGUGCAGCCAAGCGAACAGAUUGCGUCCUGGUCGUCGACGAGGAGGAGGGUCUCAGCGGUAUUUUCACUGCCAAGGACCUGGCUUUCAGGGUUACCGCCGAAGGUCUCGACCCGAGAUUGACCACAGUCGCCCAGAUCAUGACCAAGAACCCCAUGGUCACCCGAGAUACCACGAGUGCCACCGAGGCGCUCCAACUGAUGGUCAGCCGAGGCUUCCGGCACUUGCCUGUCUGCAACGAAGACGGCGAUGUUGUCGGUCUCCUCGACAUUACCAAGGUCUUCCACGAAGCCCUCGCCAAGGUCGAGCGAGGGUCCUCCGCUACAUCUCAGCUGUCCGCGGCUCUUGCCGGUGUCCAGUCUGAGCUUGGACCCGGAAUGGCUAGCAAUCCUCAAGCUGCAGCCAUGAUGGCCUAUGUCGACUCGCUCCGUGAGAAGAUGUCUCUCCCCGAUCUCACGACCGUUCUGGACCCUCGAAUGAACCCUCCCAUCGUCACGCCUCGAACGACAGUCCGAGACGCCGCGAAAUUGAUGAAGGAACGUCGAACAACUGCCGUGUGCGUGAUGGAAUCGAACAACGGCUCUAGCGUCCUUAGCGGAGCUAGUGGAGCUGGAGGGCACUCUCGAAUCGCUGGAAUCUUUACCAGCAAGGAUAUCGUCCUUCGUGUUAUUGCUGCCGGACUGGACGCGACCCGAUGCAGCGUCGUCAGGGUUAUGACUCCUCAUCCUGACACUGCUCCUCCCAACAUGAUCGUUCAGGAUGCCUUGAAAAAGAUGCACAACGGGCAUUACCUCAACUUGCCAGUCGUGGACGAUGACGGACGCCUCAUGGGCAUCGUUGACGUGCUCAAGCUCACUUACGCAACGCUCGAACAGAUUGAAUCGAUGAGCGAGGAGCAAGAGAACGGCACUUCCGGCCCAGUUUGGGGCAAAUUCUUCGAAGCCAUCAAUGCCGGCGGCGACGAUGGGGACACUGCUUCUGAGAUUUCGCACAGUCGUCCCGACACACCCUCGCGAAGCUUCAGACACCGUGCGCUGGAUAGCAUCGCCUCGCCCAUGUCUGAAGUCACCCCCAACGAUUCGGCAUCUGUGGCUGGCUUCCGUCACGAUGAUGGCGCUUCGGAAAUAGCGAGACACGUCGCUGCGUCAUCUGUCGCACCUCCCUCAGUGCCCACUGACGACGGUACUUACAUCUUCAAGUUCCGAACACCUUCUGGCAGGACGCAUCGGUUCCAGGCCAGACACGACAAUUUUGAGCUUUUGCGGGACAUCGUUGCUGGGAAACUCGCCACCGAUCCAUUCUUCCGUCAGCCGAUGAAUGCCAAUGGAGACAAUGAAGUGGCUCCACCUGAUCCCAACGUCUUCAGCGUCAGCUAUACGGACGACGAUGGGGAUCUCGUUACCAUCACUGCGGAUGCCGACGUUUCCGAUGCCGUCAAGAUCGCUCGAGGGAAAAAGACUGAUCGAGUGGUCCUCUUAAUCGAUGGUGGCAAACUUUGGGAAGAUGCAGCUCGGGAUGCAGGUGGUGACAAGGCGGUUGAAAAGCUCAAAGCGAUGGAACAAGAAGUUAAUGGUGUAGAAAAGGAGGAAGAAAAGAUGGAAAAGGCCUCGGCGGAUCCUGCCAAAGUGCCGACCUGGGGCAAAAGAGGGAUCGUACAUGCUCAUGGGGCUGCGGAGGAGCUCAUUGGAGGUGUUUUACCCAAGGAUAUGGUCUUGCCAGCGGCAGUUGGAUUCUUGGGCGUGGUGAUUCUGGGAGUUUUCAUCGCCGGCAGAGCGAGCAAGUGA